GAAGUUCCCCCGCGCGUCCGGUUUGCCGGUGCAGGUGCGUUAUCAGCGCGUGGCGCCCGCCUUUCGCGGAGGAGCCAGGUAGGUUCCUGUCCCAGCGCGCGGCGGACGGCCUCCGGGCGCCGGGGCUCUGCGCGCUUCCGGGAUGGACUACCGCCGGCUGCUGAUGACUCGCGUGGUCCCGGGGCAGUUCGACGACGCGGACUCCUCCGACAGUGAAAGUAUUGACUUGAAGACCGUCAGAGAGCAAGGUGAUGUUCAGUUUGAAAACCUGCAGAAGAAUGUGUCUGAGAAGGCAGGUGGAGAUGAGAUGGAGGAGGAAGAAGAGGAGUAUGAUGAGGAGGAGGACGACGACUGGGACUGGGAUGAUGGAGUUGGAAAACUCACCAAGACUUAUAUCUUCAAUGCAAGGUGUAACCCCCAGGCAAAUCGACAGACUUCCAACUGCAAUUCAGCCAAAAUGUCUACUCCAGCAGACAAGGUCUUACGGAAAUUUGAGAAUAAAAUUAAUCUAGAUAAGCUAAAUGUUACCGAUUCUGUCAUAAAUAAAGUCACCGAAAAGUCUAGGCAAAAGGAAGCAGAUAUGUAUCGCAUCAAAGAUAAGGCAGACAGAGCAACGGUGGAACAGGUGUUGGAUCCUAGAACACGAAUGAUAUUAUUCAAGAUGUUAACUAGAGGAAUCAUAUCAGAAAUAAAUGGCUGCAUUAGCACAGGAAAAGAAGCUAAUGUGUACCAUGCUAGCACAGCAAAUGGAGAGAGCAGAGCAAUCAAAAUUUACAAAACUUCUAUUUUGGUGUUCAAAGAUCGGGAUAAGUAUGUAAGUGGGGAAUUCAGAUUUCGUCAUGGCUAUUGUAAAGGAAACCCCAGGAAAAUGGUGAAAACUUGGGCAGAAAAAGAAAUGAGGAACUUAAUCAGACUAAACACAGCACAGAUCCCAUGCCCAGAGCCUAUCCUGCUGAGAAGUCAUGUUCUUGUCAUGGGCUUCAUUGGUAAAGACGACAUGCCAGCACCACUGUUGAAAAACGUCCAGUUAUCAGAAUCCAAGGCUCGGGAGUUGUAUCUGCAGGUCAUCCAGUACAUGAGAAGAAUGUAUCAGGAUGCCAGACUUGUCCAUGCAGAUCUCAGUGAAUUUAACAUGCUGUACCAUAGUGGAGAUGUGUACAUCAUUGACGUUUCUCAGUCCGUAGAGCAUGACCACCCACAUGCCUUGGAGUUCUUGAGAAAAGACUGUGCCAAUAUCAAUGAUUUCUUUUUGAAGCACAGUGUUGCUGUGAUGACUGUGCGGGAGCUCUUUGAAUUUGUCACAGAUCCAUCCAUUACACAUGAGAACAUGGACGCCUACCUCUCAAAGGCCAUGGAAAUAGCAUCUCAGAGGACCAAGGAAGAAAGGUCCAGCCAAGAUCAUGUGGAUGAGGAGGUGUUUAAGCGAGCAUAUAUUCCUAGAACCUUGAAUGAAGUAAAAAAUUACGAACGGGAUAUAGAUAUAAUGAUGAAAUUGAAGGAAGAGGACAUGGCCAUGAAUGCCCAGCAAGACAAUAUUCUGUACCAAACCGUUACAGGAUUAAAGAAAGAUUUGUCAGGAGUUCAGAAGGUCCCUGCGCUUCUAGAAAAUCAAGAUAAGGAAAAGACUUGUUCUGAUUCAGAAGAGGCUGGAAGCUCUGAGUGUUCUGACACAGACUCUGAAGAGCAGGAAGACCAGGCCUGCUCUAAGAAACCCACUGCUGACGUUGAAGUUGAUAAAAAGGAAAGAAAAAAGAUGGUCAAAGAAGCCCAGAGAGAGAAAAGAAAAAGCAAAAUUCCGAAGCAUGUGAAAAAAAGAAAGGAGAAGACAGCCAGGAUGAAAAAGGGCAAAUAGAACCAGAACUCAAGACGUAGAGUGAUAUGUCAGUUGCUUUUCAUGCCUGUGUGGUGAGCUGUGCCUGGAAGGGGUUCUCCUGGCAGUGUCAUGAAGGUGGAGUCAUGUGUCCUCAUGUAAAUAUGUAACAAGCUUUCUGCUCUCCUGUCUGGAUCCAGUCACUGCCUCUGGGUGGUAUUGACAGAGGAUUUAUUUAAGCUACUAUUUCAAUGAGAACUUUGUACAAUUUUAUUUUUAUAUAUAUUUUUUCCUCCAAUAUGCUUUUGGAAGCACCAUAAAUAUUUAAAUGUGACCGACAUCCAUAGUCUUUAUAUAAAAAGGCACUUUGAAUGGGCAGAUGGUUUUUACUUUGCUUGUACAAGCCAGAGACCCAUCUGAAAUCAUUUGAUCCUAGGGCCACGGUUUCUGCAGAAGGGAGUUUGCUUCUAAGAGAAUUCAGUUGGCUGUUGACUCUGUUGAUUCACUGCGACUCUGUUCUGUGUGCAUCGCUGCUUAUUUGGGAUGCACUUAUUCUUCAUCAUUAUUACUCCUUUCGUUAAGACAUCCCAGGUCAGAAGCUGUUUCACAUUCAGCAUUUGGCUUAUUCAUUCAUCGAAUAUUUGAGUGUUUUAGGUGCUAGGGAUACAGCAGUAAACAAAAUGAAAAAUUACUACCUUCAGAUAGUUUACGUUUAGAAAGCAAAACAUUAAACAAAUAAAUAAAAAACAGUAUCUGUAGGUGGUAAAUUCUGUGGAGAGAAAUAAUGCAGAGGAGAGACUGCCUGGGGAAGUGGAAGUUUGCAAUUGUAAAAUAGGCCACACUGAGCAGCUAUAUUUGAGCAAAUACUUGAAUGUGAGUUAUUUGCAUAUCAGGAGUGAAGAGUAUUCCAGGCAAAGCAAACAGCAAGUGUGAAGGCUAGAGGCAGAAGUGUUCCUGACAUGUUCCAGAAACAAGAGGCUCCCAGCACUGAGAAAGAGAUCAGACGGUGCUAGGCUAUUAGAGGGUUUUGAGCAGAGGAAGGAUAUGAUCUGACUUGUGUUUUGGAAGGAUCUCACUCACUCUGGCCUCUGUGGAGACCUGAGUAGGAGGCGAGGGCGGGAGACCAGAGAGGCACUUUCUGUAGUAACCCACAUGAUAGAUGGUGAUGGCUCGGUCCAGGUAGCAGUGGACAUGGAGAGAGGUGGGAUUCUAGGUAUGACACAAAGGGGAGUGAACUGGAUGUGCUAGGGGAAUAUAUGAGGCAUAUGACAAAGUGAAGGAUGACUUCAGGAUUUAUGACCCAAACAACUUGGGAAGGAAUGUGGCUGGAGUGGGAUUGGGGAUAAGCUUACCUUGCAACAAAGCACAAAGGUCAAAAGAAAUGACCAAUUUUAUUUUUUCCCCCCAUAUACUUCAUAUUAGAAAUCCCUAUUUUAACCCUUGCAUCAGAAACAAUUGCUAUGAACUUAAUUCCCUUAAAAUGAAGCUUGCACCUGGUUGUUUGAAGAUUGGUGGGCUACUGGGUUGGUGGUGGUGGUGGGGGGGUUAGUCAACUGAGCUUUUAAAGUAUUAGGUCACAUUUAUUAUGUUCACAUACUAUCCUCUUCCUAACUUUAAAAAAGCUCAAAAUCGGGCAGCCAGGAUGGCUCAGUGGUUUAGCGCCUGCCUUCAGCCCAGGGUGUGAUCCUGGAGACCCGGGAUUGAGUCCUACAUCGGGCUCCCUGCAUGGAGCCUGCUUCUCCCUCUGCCUGUGUCUCUGUAUGUGUCUCAUGAAUGAAUAAAUAAAAUCUUUAAAAAAAAAGUUCAAAAUCCAAAAUGCAGUUUCAAUGAAAUACAACAGUAGACCCUCUAAAAUAGUUUACAAUUAGCCAAAAAGAAAGCAGAAACAGACUUAACAAUCCUGUAUACAUUUAGAGGUUUUACCUUCAGGAUCUUCCCUUUCUUGUACUUGUUUGGUCUUACUCUCGGACAAGGUGUAUUUGAAGGGCUUAAGCCCCUCUUUUUGGUGAAUGCAACUCAAUUACAAAGUUUGCAAUCAAGUUCUCUGGGGCAAAAGUGGUGUCAGCAUGAUAUAGAGACAAUGCAUUCUCAUUUGCAUUGCUGCAGGGAGGAAGUGGUUUGUAAGACACCAAAAUUUGGAACUGUUAAUAUUUGGGACUGUUGGGGGAUUCUAAUUUGAGGACCAUUUUUCUGAUAACUGUUUUGCUGAUAGGUCAUUUCCUCGUUUGGAUUCAGGGCAACAGGCCGUACCAACUAGUAACCAUUGCUAACUGGCUAAUUUGUCUGAAGCCAUAUUUUCCCCAUCUUUGCCUUCCUCACCCAGAAAGCUUGGACGAAGGAGCCUAUUCUUAGGCAAACUUAAAGUAGGGCUACUUGCUGACUUUGCAAUUGAAUUUUGACUACUCCACAGGUUCCAAGUGCCCAUGGAUUGAUUAUUGGUGGUUCAGUUACUUACCAUUUGAAGAGGUGAGGUUUGGGUCUUGACUCAAAGGCUGGUGUAUAACUUUGUCAAUUAUAGACGCAUCUGUUUUCCUGUCCUAUUUUGUUGAUAUUUAAUCCUAUCAGAUAAUGUUAAGUGUUCCUAAAAGCCUACUGGGAGAGAUGUGGAGAAUUUCUUCGAAGCACAAAAUCACAGCUACCUCCUGUGCUGCUUCCUUCAGUAAAGCAGUUUGGGAAUGGAACUUCCUUCCCCUGGCCCAGGUGCUCCAGCAUUUGAGUAUGGCCUCAUCCUCACACGAAGAGGCAGGAACCGUGAUAGCUGUUGGCCUUGGUCUGACCAAAUAGGAACCCAGGGCUCUGGGCUGGCAUCAGGUUUUCUUCAGCUUUAUCUUUACUUGAUGAAGAUGGACUCAAGAGGUUGGAAGACUCUAGGGUUUGGUCCUAAGAGUUGUUUGAGACAGCCUCUCCUUUUCAUGAAUGUUAUCUUGAAUUCAGUGCAAGCUGUUUGCUGUUUCUUGGUAGUAGGCCUAUCCUGUUCCGUGGCUGUGAUUUCAUUAGUCUUUCAGCUCAGAAAAGGAAGAGUUGGGAAGAAAAAAUUCUAGAAGCUGGUAAAAAUUCAGUUGAAGGACAUCUCAGAUGUCAUGAAUUUCAGAUGAGGAAAUGCAAAAUCCUCUCAUUUUCAAAAGCUUGACAGAUUUUCUAAUUUUUAAUUGUCUAUACACGUCAUAAGGAGAGACCACACCCAUCCAGAGCUCUACCUUGAUUUCUUGGGGGUUACUUUUUGAUAAGGAAAGAGUUGCACAGAUCAGCAACUCAAAAUAUGGUUUCCUGGGAAGAUGUUUUGUGACCACAUUAAAUACAGACAGUGUUUCCAACCAUAUAUGGGUGAUCGUGAAGCAAGAGUACUUUAUGUUGAAUUUGGAUUAAGUUACCAUACUCCCUAUGUUUUGGUUGCAGUUUUUAACUUCCAUAGCCUUUGGGUUUGUGUUGCCUUGAAUAUAAAGGCUUUCAUAAAUGUCCCAGGGGAAAUUGUAGUACCGGGUAUCGAGUCAUUUAAGCUAGUUUUCAAAGGACAAGAUGCCUUUCUUGCAUCUGUGUCCUCCAGUCUGUCCCAGUUAAUAGUGUUGUGGAAACUUCUGCACUUGAAUUUAGAGAACCAAGACUUGAAUUGGUGGAAUUCUUGACUGGUUUUUUUAGCCUUCCUUCAUUUUGGGGGUCAUUCCACAUCCUGCUUUGAGUGUUGACAGGCUAUGAUUAUGAGGAGGUAGCUGUCCUACAGGACAGCUGUCCUAGACUAACCACACAGCCAUAAAAUCUUUGUCCUCAUCCCUCCCCUGCGCCAGUGGUAAGGGGGUCAUUUAAUGUGUGAACAGAGCUAUGUCUAGCUCUCUGAGACGUUUUCAUGUCUUAUUAAUGCUACUCUGGUUUUGUUUAAAGGCUGAUCCACUUCAUCAGCUUUGGGUGAAAUUUUAGCCUUUGCAAAUCUGUAUGUGAAUGUCAUGGGGUUCUAGAUUUGUCAGUGAAAAAGUGGUAGGUCCUUGGGGCCAAAGAAUUGUUGGAGUCAGGAUGCUAGACUGCAGAAGUGAGAAAGACAGAGAUCAGAGAAUGAAAUAUUUCAGGUCAUACUCGUGGAGGGUUGCCUUUGGCAAUAUCUAAGGUGCAGCCCUAGUUGUAAGUGGCUGCAGGACAACACCAGACAAAAGCAUUGAGGGCUGGAAGGUCAAUGAACUGAGGCCAGGCCUUGGCAGGGCCAUCUGUGUUAGGAUAGGCCUAGUUUAUAGAGUGUUGGUAAGAGCCCUGCUUAAAUUAAAUCUUCAGGGAGGGAAGGAAAGUGGACCGGGGAGGGGAUGGCACAUUGAUGCUUGGCACUUGUGGGGAAGUGAGUGGUGUGUCUGAAUCCAGGUGGCCUCCAGAUGUGAGCCGCAGUGACAGGAACUAUACAGCACACAGGGACGGGGUAACAGGCAGAAAGAAAUCAGCCCAAUCCAAGUCAGAAGGUCUGUAAGGCAAAAGGGAAGAGCUAUUACAAAACACAAAAGAAGUCUAAGAGACAUGUGUCCCAGUGCUGGGGACUUCAUUUGGAUCUCAAUUAGACCAAACCAGUUGUGUAAAAAAAAAAAGGACUUUGUUGACAAAGAAAGAAAAUGUAAAAUGGAGUAGGUAUUGAAUGAUAGGAGGAAGGGACUGUAACUUUACUGGAUAUGACACUGGUAUUGUUCCAUUUUUUUUUUUAAGAUUUUAUUUAUUUAUUCAUGAGAGAGACAGAGAGAGGGGCAGACAAAGGCAGAGGGAGAAGCAGGCUCCAUGCAGGGAGCCCGACGUGGGACUUGAUCCUGAGUCUCCAGGAUCACACCCUGGGCUGAAGGUGGCGCUAAACCACUAAGCCACCAGGGCUGCCCAUAUUGCUCCAUUUUAAAAACCCUGCUCCAGGGAUGCCUGGGUGGCUCAGCAGUUGAGCGUCUGCCUUCGGCUCAGGGCAUGAUCCUGAGGUCCCUGGAUCGAGUCCCGCAUCGGGCUCCUUGCAGGAAGCCUGCUUCUCCCUCUGCCUCUGCAUCUCUCUCUGUGUCUCUCAUGAAUAAAUAAAUAAAAUCUUUUAAUAAAAUAAAAAUUACGCCAUAAAAAUCCUUUAAAAAAAACUGUGCGCCAUAUGGACUGAAGUCUUCGUGCAUAUAACAAAAAGGAUGCCUGGGAUAGCUUGAAAAUACUCCCAUCUUUAUCCCCAUCCCUACUGUAGACAAAACAGGAUCAGCAGAACACUAAUAAUUGCUAAAUCAGAGCAAUGGGUGUAUAGGGGUUCAUUGUAUUGUUCUAUUUCUAAGUGUCCAUAAGAAGAAGGGCUUUUUCUUAUUAGUGAGUUAAACUAUAUUAAAAACAGGGCUUGUGACAGAGUAGUGUCUAUGUAUUUGUUUUCUGAUUAUUUUAAGUAACUUUUUUUUGCCGAAGCAUCAAGGUUCAAUCAUUGGAGCCAAAAAGAUAGGUCUGGGUGGAAUCCUGAUGCCUGCUGGUGCUGGCCCUGCGUGGUGUCACUUGAAAUGACCUUUUGGCUCUGAAAUUGUGAUGCUCCUAGUAGGAUGCAAGCUAGAGGACCUGUAUAUUGAACAAAGGCUGUUGGAAGUUUGAGUUCCUCCACACCUGAGGCUUGUUUUAAAGUAUGAUGCCACCUUCUGCGUGCCCUGUCCUAACCACUUCCUUUUUGGAGUCAUGGCCUGGCCCUUCCCUGCAGCCCCCACAUGCCUAUACUGCCUUUACAUUAUUUUCCUAGAGCUCUUCCCACUUCUGGUGUCUUCGCUCAGCUCCCAAACACUGACCAGAAUGUAAGGUUCCUGAGGGCAAGGAUUUUUAUCUUUGUUUAGUUUUGUAUCCUAACACCUAGAAUACUGUCUGAAAUGUAGUAAAUGCUCAAUAAAUAUUUAAGUGAUUAAUA